UUUCUUUAAAAAUUUACCGUCUUUUGACGUGCGACGCAUUUCGUUUUUUUUCUUUGCAAAUUCUGAAUUUAUUUUAGAAAAUUGCAAAUUAGAAUGAUUUUCACCGUAAUCAUAGCGACCAUUGUAUUGGUCAUUUCAUUGGGAUAUCUAUUUUUUCAGCGAAAAAAUAAACAAUAUAUUGCAUCGUUAACAAGCCGAGGUAUUCGUUAUCAGCCACAAUCAUCAUUGUUGGAAAUCUUAAUUUUUAAAAAACGUGUUGAACUAGAAUCAUUAAAAAAUGUAAAAAGUGUAGGAAAAAUCUAUGGCUUUAUUAUGUUUGGUGGCAUCAAUUUGGUUGUAGCCGAACCUGAAUUAAUUCAACUUGUGUUGAGUAAAGAGUUUACCAAUUUCCCAAAUCGCCGGAAAUUCAACAUCGAAGAUGAUAUUUUCGCCAAUGUUUUAUCAGCAGUCGAUUUGGAUCAAUGGAAACGUUUACGAGCCAUUGUAGCACCAACAUUUGCUACAGGUAAACUUCGUCGUAUGAAAUUUCGAAUGGAUUCAAUCUGUCGAACCUUAAUCCGUAAUAUCAAUGCUGAAUUAACAAAAUCAAACGAUAAUGAAUGUAUAUUGAAUAUUAAACGAUUCGCCGGUGCUUUCACAAUGGAUACAAUUCUACAAGUUGCAUUCGGAUGUCAAAUUGAUUCAUUGAUCGAACCGGAUAAUCCUAUCAUUAAAAACGCUAAAAAAUCAUUCAACACUGAUAUGUCUAUCAAAAACAUUCUAAUGUUCAUCAUGAUGUUUACUAUGCCUAGUUACAUCGCUAAAAUAUUUAAACUACGUCCUAAUAAUGAAGUCUUGAACUUUUUCCAUGAUUUUUCUCUGGAUAUUAUUGAACGUAAAAGAAAAGAAUUUGCUGAAAAAGAUUUUUCCAAAGCAUCAACAUUUAUUGAAUUUCUAAUUGAAGCCGAACAUGAAUGGAUUAUUUCACAACAACAACAAAAAACUGAUGAUGGAUCGGUAGAGAAAAAGCCAGUAAAAUAUAUGACUAAUACUGAGAUGAUUGCACAAUGUGUAUUAUUCUUUUUGGCCGGUUAUGAUACGACGGCAACAACCAUUACAAUGGCUUUAUAUAAUUUAUCUUUAAAUCCAGAUAAACAAGAAUUGGCCUAUCAAGAAAUCGAAAGAAUUACACGAGAACAACAAGCGAAUGAUUGUGAAGAUCCAUUAGAAUCAUUGGCUUUGGAAUCAUAUGGAUCGAAAUUCGAAUACAUAAAUGGAGUAGUUAAUGAAACAUUGCGUAUGACACCGCCAGCAACGUUUAUUGAAAGACGUUGUGAGAAUGAUUUUGUUUUGAAAACCGAAGAUGAUCGUAUUAAACUUCAAGUAAAAAAAGAUGAAAUCAUCCAGAUACCAGUUUGGGCAUUACAUUAUAAUGAAGAUUUUUUUUCCGAACCAGAAAAAUUUCGACCAGAACGAUUUUGUAAAGAAACGGCCGAAAACUUUCCAAAUUAUGCUUAUAUACCGUUUGGUUCUGGUCCAAGAGCUUGUGUUGCUAAAAGUUUGGCAUUAUUAGAAGCUAAAAUGGCUUUAGUUUGGUUGAUUAAGAAUUUUCGAUUCUCUAAAUGUUCCAAAACCAAAAUUCCCGUUGAAUUUUAUAAUCAAGGCGGUUUUCUUUCACCAAAAGAUAUUUAUCUUAGUGUUGAACGAAGAUAAACAAAAAGCAAACUUUAUUUGUUGUUUUUUUAUUUCGUUGACACAAAAUCAAAAUAUAAAUGUUUGAUUGCACUCUUUUUGCACUCACUAAUAAACAAGUUUUUAAAAAGAAA